AUGUUGAUUGAAUCCAACACCAUAAAACAAUGGGAUAAGAACCAAGACAAAGAUAUAAAAAUAAUGUCUACCAACAACAAUCAUAGGAGUAAUUCAAAGCUGCACCCCACGAAAGAUGUCUUCAAAAGAUUAAGCCUCUCACCGUCAAGGAAUGAUAAAACAAGCAAACCGCAAUCUCAUUACAAAAAUGAGAAGAGGAUAUCGUUAUCAUUAUCUCCAAUCAGAAUUCAAGAAACCGCUCGACAUUUAGGAAGUCCACCGAAGAGAUUAGUUUCAUUUCCUCACCAUUUAGAAAAGACUUAUAGAGAUUCUAUAUCUGAUAGCUUAUUAUCAAACACGAGAGAGCAUUUACCAAAUCAUGAUGAUGAUGAUGAUGAUGAUGAUGAUGAUGAUAAUGAAUUGUUAUAUUUCCCCACUUCACCUACCAAAUUCAAUAUAGAUAAAACGGUCGGUGGGGAUGGUUCAAGGAGUAGGAUUAGAUCAAGGUUUAAGAAUGGGUUAAUGUCUCCUGAAAGGAUACAAUCAGAAAGAGAUCCAUCAUCACUUUCACCUUUACGUGCAUCUCCGAGUAAGAAUAAGAAUUUACUUCAAAAACUGGAGAGGGAGAAUGAUUUGGACACACUUACUGAAAUGAACACUUUACAUAAUUCGAGGAAAGAUACGCAUGGUGAUAGUAGUAUGAUACCGAAGAAGAGAGUGAAAUUCCACGUUCCGUCCUCUCGAACUCCAGAAGAAGAUGGUAAAAAUGAGGCGGUGCUUCAACAAUUAGAAGAAGCAAAAGAUAUGUUGAUAAAGAUAAUUAAAAAACAAGAUGAUUUAGAAAUUCGUAUGUCGAGGAUUGAACACAGUAUUCUGGAUCAAAGAAAUAAAAUGAGGUAA